AUGCCCGGGAUAGGGGCCGUCGGAGCUCGGUGCAGGCACCGCCCGAGAAGGCGCCCCAAUCAGGCCAAGGGGAGCGGCCAGCAGCCGGACGGCAGCGGGGAGACCGCCAUGGACGCGGCCAUCUGGAUCUACCAGUUUCGCCUGAUCGUGCUGGGCGAUUCCACGGUGGGCAAGUCCUGCCUCUUGCAUCGCUUCACCGAAGGCCGUUUCCCGGGCCCGAUGCACUGCGAUCCCACCGUCGGGGUGGAUUUCUUCUCCCGCCUUGUGGAGAUCGAGCCGGGCAAGAGGAUCAAACUGCAGCUCUGGGACACGGCGGGCCAGGAGAGGUUCAGGUCAAUCACCCGUUCCUAUUAUCGGAAUUCAGUAGGCGGCUUGCUGGUGUUCGAUAUCACAAACAGGUCUUCUUUUGAACAUGUAUAUGAUUGGUUGGAUGAAGCAAAAAUGCAUGUUCAACCUUUCCAGAUUAUCUUCAUCUUGGUGGGACACAAAUGCGACUUGGAAUCGGAGCGCCAGGUUACGAGAGAGGAAGCUGAAGAAUUAGCAUCUGCCUGUGGCAUGAAAUACAUAGAAACAUCUGCCAAGGAAGCCACGAAUGUUGAAGAAUCAUUCACUAUUCUCACUAAGGACAUAUACGAACUUGUGAAAAAAGGAGAGAUUUCAAUACAGGAUGGAUGGGAAGGGGUGAAGAGUGGUUUUGUUCCAAAUGUUGUACAUUCCUCAGAGGAAGCUACCUCACUGGGAGAACAAUGCCCUUGCUAAAAUCUUUUGCAUGCCACGCAACUUAACAGAGGGUUGGAGA